CGGAGAUGACGUAAGGUUUCCAUGGAAACUAGACGCCGCAAGCUGAGUUUCCGAGCGGAACCUCACUGUUCAGUAGAAGUUUAAAGAGAGACCGAGACACACACACACACGAAGAGAGAGAGAGAGAGCGCGUGUGUGUGUGUGUGUGUGUGUGUGUGUGUGUGUGUGUGUUCAGAAGAUCACCAGAUUGAUCAGAGAAGGAGCUCAGACAUGCUGGAAGCCAUUCAAGUUACUGAGCGUCUCCACUGGGUUGAGAAAGACUUUGCGAAAAAGUGUGUGCUGAGCAUCAUGGAGAAGCCCGUGAGCCCGAGUCAGGUGUAUAUGGAACACUGGUCUUCCACUGUCCUGAAGAAGCAGUUCUCCAGCAGCUCAGUCUUCUCCCAGAACAAGGAGGUGAAAGUAGGCUCCUGGCUCAAGCACUCCCCCUACAGACAGUUCCAAAGAGCACAGCACAUCGUCUCGCGUCUAACCACAGAGAAAAGAGGCCUUUUCUGCUAACAGGAAAUCAUGCUUAUGGAGACAUCUGCCAGCCACACAUCUAUCGUUCUUCCUGGUCUGAGAACAACAUGAUCAUCUUUGGCAGUUCUGUGGGACUCUCGUCUCGUCCCAGGAGCCAUGUGAUUAGAGCUUCUCAACCGCAAGUCAGAUCCAGAGAUGGAGCAAACUCAACGAAGAAGCUGUGCAUCCUCAGUGCCAUUAAACCAUCCAAUGUGGAAAGUGAGAAGGCCAAGUUCUUUAAAUCAGACUUCAGGUACAACCCACAGUUUGAAUACAGCAACCCAGUGUCUCCACAUGUCCUGGAAAAGCACAGCAAAGCCUCUGACCGCUUCCUCACACAGGCAGUGCGCAUCAUGGAGCUGGCUCUGAACAAGUAUGGGAAUUACGAGAACUUUGAGCAGGCCACCGGAGGAAGCCUGCUGAGCAAGAGCCGAAUCUGGGCUCACGUCAAGAAGUACAUGGAGAAGGAAGACUGUGUGGGAGAGAUAGUGGUGCACCUGACCAGUGACCUGCUCUCCAGAGCUUCCAUGACCGUGGUGAAAGGCAGACCAACUCUUACCAUCAACAUCUCCAUGGCCAGGGAGCAGUGGCUCGAGGGCAUGCUGAGACACGAGAUCGGUACUCAUUACUUGCGCAGCAUCAAUAACAGCCAGCAGCCGUGGAGCAGAGGAGCCGGCCGGAGGGAGCUGGGCCUGAAGCCCAUCAACCCCACCGAGGAGGGUCUGGCCAGCAUCCACAGCGUUCUCUUCCGUGAAGACCCGUGGCUGUGGCGCGCCGUUCUCUACUACACCGUCCACCAGGCGGCGCACAUGUCCUUCACUCAGCUCUUCCACGAGCUUGCACGCUUCGUCCACGACCCCGGGACACGCUGGGACUACUGCGUACGGGCCAAACGAGGCCAGACGGACACCUCGGAACCUGGCUGCUUCAAUAAGGACCAGGUGUAUCUGGACGGCAUCAUCAAGAUCCUCAGGCACAGACAGAAGAUCGACUUCCAGCUUCUCGUGGCACUUGGGAAGGUGUCCUACGAGGACGUGGACCGCCUAAAGAGCCUGGCCGUGCUGGACAACGUGAGGAUCCCGCACUUCCUACAAGACCACACGCUUUACACCAAGCAGCUCCAAAAGAUCAUGGAGGUCAACCAGCUGACCGAUGAAGAGCUUCAGGUGCUUAUCAGAGAGUACUAGGAGAACCCUGUGAUCUCCAAUUUCCUCAUUGACCUGACCUGAAAACCUGUGUGUGUGUGUGUGUGUGUGAGAGAGAGAGACCAGUCAGAACUCUAUGAAGCAGCCCCAGAGUGAUUCUUAUUAAACCCACGUGUCCUUUUC